CCUAUCAUGAUUUAGAUAAAAGAGAGAGAGAGGAGAGAUAUGUUGUCUCCAGAAGCAACCGUCCGUGCCUUUUCUCAUAUAUAACAUAGUUAAAUACUGACUCGCCUGAUCUCCAUUGUCCGGAAGGCUUGUCAUCAUCGCAAUUGCCAUUCAUACGCAUAUCCGAUAAAAGAUGUCUAAAGUACUGCUCAUAACUGGCGCGACUGGAAAGCAGGGAGGAGCUGUCGUGGAUGCUCUGCUCUCGAGCCCAGAUGCGAAGGAUUUCACAAUCUUGGCUGUCACACGCAACGCAAGCUCCUCGGGUGCUCAGGCGCUGGCAAACCGUUCUCCGAAUAUCAAGCUGGUCGAGGGCGAUUUGAAUGACCCGGAGGCCAUCUUCAAAGCUGCUGCAAGAGUAACCAGUCAGUCUGUAUGGGGAGUGUACAGCGUUCAGUCGUCUGUGGGGUCGGGCGGCGCAGACGUUGUCGGUGAAGAACGGCAAGGAAAGGGCUUAGUGGAUAGCUCCAUUGCGCAUAACGUCCACCAGUUUGUUUACUCCUCUGUGGAUCGUGGAGGGGACAAAUCUAUCGAGAACCCGACAAACAUUCCCCACUUUAUUACCAAGCAUAAUAUUGAACGACACUUGCUCGACAAGGUUAAAUCGUCUGGGACCAGCAUGGCCUACACGAUUCUUCGUCCAGUUUGCUUCAUGGAAAAUUACACACCUGGCUUCAUGGGCAAGACCUUUGCAACUCUGUGGAAGGUCUCUGUUGGCGACAAGAAACUGCAGCUCAUCUCGACUGCAGACAUUGGAUACUUUGCUGCGCAGGCGUUCAUUCACCCGGAGCAGUAUCACAACAAAGCUCUCAGCCUGGCAGGUGAUGACCUCACCUUCUUUGAAGCCAGUGAGAUCUUUAAGUCCAAAACCGGUGCCGAAAUGUCCACUACAUUCGACAUUAUCGCCUCAGGUAUUACAUGGGCGAGCAAAGAGAUGGGCCUCAUGUUCAAAUGGUUCCGAGAGGAGGGAUAUGGUGCUAAUGUGGCUGAGCUGAAGAAGAUUCAUCCGGGACUUUUGGGGUUUGGUGAUUGGCUGAAGGAGAAGAGUGCCUUUGAGACAAAAUGAAUUGGCUGGCGCUUCCUUCAAUAAAAAUAUCUGCAGUUGUUUCCUUCUCUUUAGGUGUGGCCUAUAGGUGGUAUAUCAUCACGAUUCAACAUGAAAGGAUUUUAUGGGAAUAUUCCGUUAUGUUUAAGCGCUAUAGUAUGUUAAAAUCAUUCAUUCAUAACUCCCUUGGCCAUUUCAAAGUUUAGCAAGCAUCUUAUUACCGGUCUGCAGCCACUUGACUGCAUCCGUGACCAUUUCAUCCACGAUGGCCUUUGCACUCUUCCGCUCAGUGACCACAGCCGCUGCUUUGCCCAUCAAAAAUGGUCGAGCAUUGUCCAUGGUCUCGUCGUCAAUGUCAUCUCCGAGCUUUUCAAAAUCAUGUUCCACAGGAAUGAUUCCUUUGCCAGUAAGCUCCUUGAUCUCCUCUGUUCGUUUCUCUUCCCAGUUCUGUAUAUAUGGAUUAUUUCUGACCCGCAAUGGGCGUCCC